CUUCGGUACGAUCUUCCACCCACCGCGGCCAUGGCGAUGGAGGAUUGCGAACCCAACUCCUCCGCCUCUUCCUCCUCCUCUUCUUCUUUUUCUUCUUCGUCGUCGUCGUCCUUAUCUUCCUCUGGUUUCAGUGCUAUCAAUGCCGAGGAGGAGGCUCACAAGGGUGCUGGUGGGUCUGAUGGCGGCAGUGGGGGAGGAGAAGGAGGGAAGAAGAGGAGAAGCGACGGGAAGCACCCGCUGUACCGAGGCGUGCGGAUGCGGAGCUGGGGGAAGUGGGUGUCGGAGAUCCGCGAGCCGCGGAAGAAGUCGCGGAUCUGGCUGGGGACCUUCCCGAAGCCGGAGAUGGCGGCGCGGGCGCACGACGUGGCCGCGCUGGCCGUGAAGGGCCCCUCCGCCCACCUCAACUUCCCGCAUUUGGUCGCCGAAUUCCCGCGCCCCGCCUCCGCGUCGCCCAAGGACGUCCAGGCCGCCGCCGCCCUCGCCGCAGCCCUCAGUACCCCGGACCACCCCACCCCCUCCACCAGCGACGAUGCCGACGAAGCGCUGUUCGAUCUCCCCGACCUGUUCCUGGACGCCGGCGGCGGCGGCGGCGGGAAUGAAUCGCUGUGCUACGCCGCUUCUUCCCCGUCCUCCGCCUGGCUCCCGGCGGAGCAUGCCGUCGAGUUCCAAAUGGAGGAACCAUUCCUGUGGGAGCACUACUAGCCAGCCCGACUCCCGCCAUGAACAGAGGAAUCACAAAAUCAACUCCCACCGCCUCUACCAGUGAAAACCCUGCAAUUUUAGCCUUUCUUCUCCGGCGAGUGAACGCUCUCUCUUCUUCCACUCGCUCCCCUAUUCAAACAGCAAUCAGCCACAUAAUUCUCAUUGUACAAAGUUCAAUUUUUGAGUUUGAAAUCUUGCUAGCUUGUUUCCCUGUACAUGACUGAAACAGAGUGUCUUUAGAUUUCUUUCCUGAAAUGGAAGCCACUGAAUUCCUUUUCUGUAUUUGGUAAAGAAAAAUCUUUGAUCAUCCGACAAGCAAUCAGGAAGCAAUAUUUUUAUAGUAACUUGUUAGAGAAAACUGUUUCAUGUACUGAAAUUUGAGCAGAGCUUUGCUAAAUACUAAAGUUAUUAUCA